AUGGACAAAACAUUGCAGGCCAAAUUCACCGGGGUGUCAGGACCUGCACCAUCUGAGCAAAAAGAGCAACAAACACCAGCUGCCCCAUCACAAACUGAGACAUCAUCAGCUGCCCCAUCACAAACUGAGACAUCAUCAGCUGCCCCAUCACAAACUGAGACAUCAUCAGCUGCCCCAUCACAAACUGAGACAUCAUCAGCUGCCCCAUCACAAACUGAGACAACAUCAUCAACUGCCCCAUCACAAACUGAGACAUCAUCAACUGCCCCAUCACAAACUGAGACAUCAUCAGCUGCCCCAUUACAAACUGAGACAUCAUCAACUGGCCCAUCACAAACUGAGACAUUAUCAACUGCCCCAUCACAAACUGAGACAUCAUCAACUGGCCCAUCACAAACUGAGACAUUAUCAACUGCCCCAUCACAAACUGAGACAUCAUCAGCUGCCCCAUUACAAACUGAGACAUCAUCAACUGCCCCAUCACAAACUGAGACAUCAUCAACUGGCCCAUCACAAACUGAGACAUCAACUGCUCCAUCACAAACUGAGACAUCAUCAACUGCCCCAUCACAAACUGAGACAUCAUCAACUGGCCCAUCACAAACUGAGACAUUAUCAACUGCCCCAUCACAAACUGAGACAUCAUCAGCUGCCCCAUCACAAACUGAGACAUCAUCAACUGGCCCAUCACAAACUGAGACAUUAUCAACUGCCCCAUCACAAACUGAGACAUCAUCAACUGCCCCAUCACAAACUGAGACAUCAUCAACUGCCCCAUCACAAACUGAGACAUCAUCAACUGGCCCAUCACAAACUGAGACAUUAUCAACUGCCCCAUCACAAACUGAGACAUCAUCAACUGCCCCAUCACAAACUGAGACAUUAUCAACUGCCCCAUCACAAACUGAGACAUCAUCAGCUGCCCCAUCACAAACUGUUAACAACUUGAACACAGCAACAUCCAUAGAUGAUCAUCAUACUCAACACUCUGCUUCAAUCAGUACAACAAUAAGUGAAUCCAAAACCUCCAGUUCAAACACUUCCCCGUUGCCUAUAACAACUACAGAGUUUGUGUCUUUAGAAUUAUCAACAUUGGUUGAGACAUCAAGCCGUAAGAAGCUAAACCAAACUACACCUGCUUCUCUUAUCACCAGUGAAGAUAUAUCAUUUUCACAGAGCACAUCCAUGACAGCAUCCACCAUGGUUACCAGUGCUCAACAAACCCAGGGCGGAGCUUCAAAACAAACUUCAAAUAAAUUUCUAGACACAUCUGCCGGCACUCAAGAAUAUCAGACAUCUGACACCUCCUUAAUUGCUAGAUCUUCACCGUAUGUUCUCACAACCAUGAGAAAUGAUUUACUGAAUGCAAGUUCUGACCUGUCCUCUAAACCUGUGACCACAAUGCUGACUCAAGCACCAAGCGGCUUGACUUCUGGGAUGUCCUCGCAAAGUGCAACAGCGCUCAACAAUCUAGAAUCAGAACUAUCUACCACCAUAGACAAUAACAUAUUCUCAACACCAAAAGAUAUUACAGACUCACCAUCAUCCAGCAACCCCGCCACAGCUGAAAGUGUUGAUAAAUUUGUGCAGUCAGAAAGGAUUGUGUUUUUUACAAACAAGCCUGAUGUACCAGUGAUCAGAAUCAUCACCUUUAAUCACUCGCUGCUGUUUCAAGCCACCAUUAUUGCUUCAAAAGUUUCAGGGCCGUGAAAUUCUUCUACAACAAAAAGGUACAAAACUUCUCACUGGGACAGUACCUUUAAAAAAGGUCCUAAUUUGUACCACAUUUGAGGUACAAAAGUGUACUUCCACCCCAGAAGGGCUUUUUAACUCUGGAUUAUCUGUUUCAUGUUUCACACCAUUCAUACUUAACUAGAGGUUAAGAGUUAACCAUGGGUAAGCUGAGGUUUCACACUGUGCAUUUCUAAAUCCUGGGAUAACAUUUUUAUUUGCAUGUUUGUAGUGUCAACAGUCAUGAUUGGUUAAAAUGCGAUGUCAAACGAACUGAAUAUAAUUAGCACGCCACUGCUUUAAAUAACCACUUGUGUCACACCUUUGCAUCAGUGACAGGACAGGUCGCAAAGUAAAUCUUGGUUGUUUUAAGUCUCCUGGGAUGUCAUUUUUACUUCAAUUCAGAUGUUUUCAGUACACAGAUGGUGAAAUAAGGUAUGUGCACUUCAGUUUCUGAUUGGCUGUCCGUUGCUAUGCAUCAACCUUAUUUCUAAAUUACAAAUGUGAAACGAUUCUUAACAAUCCCACGGUUAAAAGCGAGGUUUAAAAUGAAGAUAACCCAGGGUUAAGGGUGUGAAAAGCCUUUGUGAGUGUCCUGUAAUCAGUGAUGGUACUAACGGCGUUAUAAAUAAACGGCGUUACUAACGGCGUUAUUUUUUUCAGUAACGAGUAAUCAAAUAAAUUACUGUUUCUCCCGUUAUAACGCCGUUACCGUUAUUGACAAUAAAUGCUGCGCGUUACUAAAAUUAAUCUCACUAAAGCGAUUUUCACC